AUGAACAAGUUGAUUCUGGUGAGCUUCCUGGCAGUGGCCACGCUCUGCCUUUGCCAAGCAGGUAAGUGGCCAAACCAUCUCUGGGUUAUGAUUCUCUAUGUGGCCGCAGAUGGGGUUGCAGGUGCCAUCAAAGUCCAGUCUUCUCAACGCACCUACAUGUGAGCAAAUCUAAAUAUUUAGACAAGAAAUCACAGUUUUAAGAUUGUGGGUAUUUCCAGGGUGUGCCAGCUUUUUAAACAAAUAGAAUAACCUUUAGGACCCAGAGAUGCCAACAUCACUUCAGAUUCAUUUCUGCCUUCAAAGGUGACCCACCGUUUCUCUGCCCCCCACCCCCCUCCAUGCCAGUGGUGGUGUAGCGUUUAGAGUGUCGGACUAGGACCUGGGAGAUCAGGGUUCAAAUCCCCACUCAGCCAUGAAGCCCCCUGGGUGACUUUGGGUCAGCCACUGCCUCUCAGCCUAACCUACCUCACAGGGUUGUUGGGCAGAAGUGUGUACACCACCUCAAGCUCUUUGGAGGAACGGUAGGGUAUAAAUGAAAUAGAUAAAGGUUACUAUUAUUCCAGGGGACGCGGGUGGCGCUGUGGGUUAAACCACAGAUCCUAGGAUUUGCCGAUCAGAAGGUUGGCGGUUCAAAUCCCCACGACGGGGUGAGCUCCUGUUGCUCGGUCCCUGCUCCUGCCAACCUAGCAGUUCAAAAGCACGUCAAAGUGCAAAUAGAUAAAUAGGUACCACUCUGGCGGGAAGGUAAACGGCGUUUCCGUGCGCUGCUCUGGUUUGCCAGAAGCGGCUUAGUCAUGCUGGCCACAUGACCCGGAAGCUGUACGCCGGCUCCCUCGGCCAAUAAAGCAAGAUGAGCGCCGCAACCCCAGAAUCGGCCACAACUGGACCUAAUGGUCAGGGGUCCCUUUACCUUUACUAUCAUUCCUGGCCCUUCCCUUGGCUGCAGUUUCAGCAGGCAUUGCCUCUGUACUUACCAAGCUUAUCUCAGUCACAAGGGUAUGACAUUGUUACAUUGAAAGCUGAGGUUCUUAGGAAGUGCUCAAGCCCAAACCAUGCCCUUGGGUGACAGGCAUUACAACUGUUUCCUGAUGCCUCACUUGGCCAAGGGGCAAGUAGCCUUUUGCUCACUGCAGUUGCCCUUCUUCUCCUUUUCCAGAUGACUCUGCCCCCUCCAACAGUGCCAACGACUCACCCAGCUCUGAAGGUCAGUUUAUCUCCACUUUUAUUCCUUUCUUGCUUUUUUAUUAUUUUUAUUUUUAGAUAAUUGCUUCGAAGAGACUUAUAUCUGUAGAUGUGACCUAGGUUUGCAAACUUGGAAAAUUUGAGGGGGGAUAGAGGGAAGGCGGGAGAGCUGUAGCUGAGUGGUGAUGUGUUUUGCAUGCAGAAGGUCUCAGAUUCAAUUGCCCACAUCUUCAACUAGAGCUGGGUGGGAGAAGGCUAUCAAAAGAGCCAUUGCUUAUCAGUGUAGACCAGAGCUUUCCAAACUGUGUGUCGCGACAUGUUAGUGUAUUGGCUGCAGUGUGUCGCACAAACACUCCCCGCACUCUUUCCAGGGCUGGAAAGGGGUUAGUUUAACCUCCAGUUUGCUAGUAAAACUGAAUUACUCUGUCGCGAAAUGAUGCAUAUCCAAAAAGUGUGUCCCCAACUUGAAAAGUUUGGAAAGCUCUGGUGUAGACAAUACUGAGCUAGAUGGGCCACAGCAGCUUCUUGUGUUUCUAAAAGUAUGGAAAUCUCUCUUUUCCCUUUCUGUUCCGCAAUGAGGGCUAGAAUCACGUUGCUUUUCAAAAUGAAAACGGAGACUGUCAGGAUCCUUGGUUUCACUCUUGAGCCACAAGCCCUACUGAUGGCAGGGAGGAGGCAAACAGGGAGAACUCCUCCUGUAGAGGGGUGAGGCAGUGCUGUUGAUAAAAUAUGCGACUUUUCCUCUUGCAGCUUUUGUCUCCAGGCGCGUCAGUGCUCAAGUAGUGAAGAGACACAAGAGGAACUAUAACAGGUAAAGAUAAAUGCGCAACUUGUCAUGAGCUAGAAAUCUGGGGUGGGUUCCCUAAUGGCUUUGAAGACGCCUCCAUGAGGUCCCAAACAUGGGACAGAGAAUAUUUACCCAGAUAAUGUCAGCACAGGGCUCUGUAAAGCAGCUGUUACUCUCUCUGCUGCAAGGAUUGGCUGGAUGCAUCAAAUGUGCAUUCCAGUUGGUGGAGAAACAGAACCCAGGGGAAGAGUAUGCAUAUGAAGAGGUGGGACUAUGCAGAUUGGAGGGGAGGACUAAAUGGUGGGAAAUGGAACAAGGGGUAGAUUUAGCUCCUAUCCCUACAGUGUCUGCUCACCUUGCAGCUCUUUGCUUUCUCUGACACAAUUGUUCCUAUUCACUCCUCUGAUGGAAAAGCGUAACCUUGCAAUUAAUGCAAAAUCUCCAGCCCCCACCCUGGCAUCUAGUGGAGGGGAAGAAUUUUAUUUCCAUUUGUGCUUAAAAGUGGACCUACUUUCUGAAACACAGCUGUCUUUUGAAAUGCGCACGUCUUCAAAUUUUGCAAUGCAGUCCUCCAGCCAAUUAGUUAAUGAAUUAAUUUCAUUAAUUAGAAUUUAUAGGCUGCUUGCUUUUAAGGGGGGGAAAACCCUCAAAGCAGCUUAUCAAACAAAUAAAAACAAUAAAAUUACCAAUAAAAAAUAGUUAAAUCCAGCUAUUCAAAACAAUGUAAAAUCUAUGAUAAGCUAAAAAACAAAUUAAAAAACAUGUCAACGUUCUACUUAACUGGAGAGGCUUGCCCGAAGAAAAAUGUUUGUACUGUAGCAGGCACUGAAGAGAGUGCAGUGGAGGUACCUGCCUGAAGUCAAAAUAGGCAGGGAGUUCCAGAGUGUGGUGUAAUGUAUACAAAAUGCAUAUACUAGGGUAAAAGUGUGCAUAAUCAUUACGUUAGGUUUUUGCAAAUGUUUUGCAAAAAUGUAUACUGGGCAAAAUUAGGAGAAAUUUUACAAUGAACGUUGAAGAUUUUUAAUGGGGAUUUUUGCAUUAAGAAAUGUGUAUCUUGCUAAGCUAAAGUUUUGUAUACGUGGAUAUCCUUUGGCAUACUGAGAACAUUUUGAUAUAGCCCCAAAUGGCUGCUCAAUGCUCCAACCAUGGCUUCUGCUCCCUGGCAGGUUCUACAACGCCCGUGCUGCCCCAACCCCAGACCCCCUUGAGCCCCUGCGAGAGGUUUGUGAGCUGAACCCCGACUGCGACGAGCUGGCCGACCACAUCGGCUUCCAAGAAGCUUACAGGAGAUUCUAUGGGCCAGUAUAG